AUGGCCUCCAGGAUGGUCUCUGUCCUGCUAUCUGGCCUUUUGUUUUGGCUGAUGUUCGACUGGAACCCAGCACUGGCUUACAGUCCACGGACCCCUGAUCGGGUCUCGGAAACAGACAUCCAGAGACUGCUCCAUGGCGUUAUGGAGCAGCUGGGCAUUGCCAGGCCACGUGUGGAAUACCCUGCUCACCAGGCCACGAAUCUUGUUGGGCCCCAAAGCAUCGAAGGUGGAGCUCAUGAGGGUCUUCAGCACCUGGGUCCUUUUGGCAACAUCCCUAACAUAGUGGCAGAGUUGACUGGCGACAACAUUCCUAAGGACUUCAGUGAGGACCAAGGCUACCCAGACCCUCCAAAUCCCUGUCCUCUUGGGAAAACUGCAGAUGACGGAUGUCUAGAAAAUGCCCCUGACACUGCAGAAUUCAGUCGAGAAUUCCAGCUAAACCAGCACCUUUUUGAUCCAGAGCAUGACUACCCAGGUUUGGGCAAGUGGAACAAGAAACUCCUUUACGAGAAGAUGAAGGGAGGGCAGAGGCGGAAGCGGAGGAGUAUCAAUCCGUAUCUACAAGGAAAGAAGCUGGACAAUGUUGUGGCAAAGAAAUCUGUCCCUCACUUUUCAGAAGAGGAGAAGGAGUCAGAAUAA